UAUAACUUAGGAAGAAAAUACACAAAUCUUCCUCAAGAGUUCCUACCCUUAUAAAUCUAAAGCCUAGCUAUCCUCAUUAUUGUCUCCAAAUCCUAAAAUGGGGACUGAAAAGCUUAGAUCUUAUGCAAACUUUCUUGAGAACUCUAUGCCAUAUUUUGCCAUGAUCCUUUUGCAGUUUGGCUAUGCAGGCAUGAACAUUAUAACCAAGCUUUCUCUCAAUGGUGGCAUGAGUCACUAUGUUCUUGUUGUUUAUCGCCACGCUUUCGCUACCAUCGCUAUAGCUCCAUUCGCCAUUAUCUUCGAAAGGAAGGCUCAACCAAAGAUUACAUUUUCAGUUUUCAUGCAAAUUUUCCUCCUAGCAUUACUUGGGCCAGUGAUAGAUCAAAACUUAUACUAUGCUGGAUUGAAAUUAACAUCUCCAACUUUCUCAUGUGCAAUGAGCAAUAUGCUUCCUGCCAUGACUUUCGCAAUCGCGGUUUUAUGCCGGAUGGAAAUUAUAAACAUGAAGAAGUUGAGAUGCCAAGCAAAGGUGGUUGGAACUUUAUUAACUGUGGCUGGAGCAAUGUUGAUGACAUUAUACAAAGGUCCUAUCUUGGAUUUGCUAUGGACUAAAGAAACACCUCAUAGUAAUCAAAUUUCAACAAACAUCACAAGAUCCUCAAACAAAAAUAAUUGGCUCAUUGGUUCCAUUUUACUCAUUAUUGCUACACUUGCAUGGUCCUCCCUCUUUGUGUUACAAGCUAGGGCUAUAGAAACAUACAAGAAUCAUCAGCUAACACUUACAUCACUUAUAUGUUUCUUUGGGACACUUCUAGCUUUUGUUGCCACUUUGGUUAUGGAACAUAAAGUUUCUGUUUGGACAAUUGGUUGGGAUAUGAAUCUAUUAGCUUCUGCAUAUGCUGGGAUAGUUGCAUCAAGUAUAUCAUACUAUGUACAAGGAUUGGUAAUAAAAAAGAAAGGGCCUGUUUUUGCAACUUCAUUUAGUCCUUUGAUGAUGAUCAUUGUAGCAAUCAUGGGUUCAUUUUUCCUUGCAGAGCAGAUUUUUCUUGGAAGUGCAAUUGGUUCCAUCUUGGUUGUGAUAGGCUUAUAUUCUGUUUUAUGGGGAAAGCACAAAGAACAAAUGGAAAGUAAAGUGGCACCAGAUGAUAAACCGUUGCCCAUAAAGGGUGUUUGGGUGAAUGGAAAUAAAGGGACACUUUCUGAAGCCAUUGAUCAACUUAGUGAAGCAAAAUCAGAUCAGAAAGUAGAAUCAAACAUUUCUCUUGUUAUUAUAAAUUACAACAAAAGUUAGCCAAUAAACAAAAGGUAUAAGCAAUAUGAUUCAUAUGCAUGCUGUGGACUUCAAAUUGGUUAAAAAAUGAUGAAACUUUUUUGGUGAUUUUGCAAGAAUUUGUUGUUGCCCUAUUGAAGAUAUUAUGUUUUUAUAUUGUUUGAGAAACUCGAAAUUGAAAAUUUACCAAUAUGAGUUUGAAUUACAAUAUGAUGCAAAAUAUUUCCUUUGUUUUUGAAAAUUGUGUGUAGUAAAGAAAAGAUAAGCUAGAAAAAUAUGGCCAACU